AUGCAGACUGGUAUCGCAAGGAGCCCAAGCAGGUACGCCCCCCUGACCAGGAACUCCAGCUUCGAGGACUUCCAGGAGCACCUCCACGGCUCGUCCAGGUAUUCUGGUUUGUGCCCCAUGCCGUGCGCGACGGGGAACUCGUCGGCUGAGCGUCCGACGGCGCAGCCCGGAGAUUCGGUGCAAGCGGGCUGCCGCACGUCCGUCGAGGGUGAUGCCUGCUACGGGCGGGUGAUGUGGGCGAUGCGGACGGGCAUCGUGGAGCAGCCGGACUGGUACCUCCCGCUGACCAGGAGCUCCACCUUCGAGGAAUUCCAGGAGCACCUGCACGGCGUGGCCAGGCACGCCAGCUCGUGCCCGAAGCCAUGCGCCGCGCAGCAGCGUCCAGCAGGGAGCGUUGAAGCGCCACCGCGGGGGUAG